CACCGCCCCACAGCUCUGCCCAGCUCACCCAGGUCUGUCUCAGGGCACCUGAAAGAGUUCCAGGGCCACCCCAGCCUGUCCCCACUUUUCUCAUCUUUGUCAAAUAAUCUCCUCCACGUUCUUUUCCAUUGACAAUGACUCUAUAAAUCCACUGGCAAUGAUUCUAAGUGAAUACAGUAUUGUUUGGAUGGGAUCCAAAAGAAGUACCAUUUAAUUUGAAAAGAUGUUCCGUCCUGCCCACGUGAUCAAAUCUUCCGUUUAUUGGCAAAGCUUAGACACACAGGGAUCUCAUUUCCUGACUCCAGCUACGUCUAGGUUUGUACUUCAGCAGUGUUGUGAUGGAUUCACCCAGCUCCACCACUGUCAGCUGUUGCCAUCUUGGCACAAAGGCUCUUAGUUUCUGUGUAUGCCUUUAUCUUAUCAAGUCCUGGUACAAUCCUAAUAACAUUUCCAGUUGGUUCUCUUGAGUUUUCCAGACAUAAACAUGAUUUCCCAAAUCCCAUCAUGUGUGGCUGGGGGCAUUUCCUCUAAACAGUCAAUGAACUGCCUGACUCCCAUUAAAAUCUUUAAUCUUACUCUGCUACUCUGCUCUAAUUCCCAACUCAGUAACUGUUUCAAGAAAACAGUUAACUCCUAUACAUUUCCCCCCUAAAUUUUUUUAAUUAGGAAAAUUUCAAAAUGCACAAAUUUGAGUAUCUAUCCGCCAAACUUGGGAGUUUUUAUGUCAACUGUACUGAGAAGCUAGAAACAUAAUCCAGGUCCAGUGUUUGGAGGCAGGGCCUUCAGGAAGGGAUCAGAUUAGGUUAGAGCAUUAGGGUGGAACUCCUAUGACUGAGUCCUGGUAGCUUUCUAAGGAGAGGGAGGGAAGUCUCAUACAGACACAGACACAUUCCUGCACACGAUGCAGCCACCCUUGCUAAAAAGUCUUUGUCACAGGGCACCAUGUUGGAGGGCUAGUGGUAGCGGCUCGGGAAGAUUUUGAGAAGAGGGGUAAAAAGGAAGUUUGCCCUGUCCUGGAUCAGUUUCUUUGUCAUGUAGCCAAGACUGGAGAAACAAUGAUUCAGUGGUCCCAAUUUAAAGGCUAUUUUAUUUUCAAACUGGAGAAAGUGAUGGAUGAUUUCAGAACUUCAGCUCCUGAACCAAGAGGUCCUCCCAACCCUAAUGUCGAGUAUAUUCCCUUUGAUGAAAUGAAGGAACGAAUACUGAAAAUUGUCACUGGAUUUAAUGGUAUCCCUUUUACUAUUCAGCGACUAUGUGAAUUGCUAACAGAUCCAAGAAGAAACUAUACAGGAACAGACAAAUUUCUCAGAGGAGUAGAAAAGAAUGUGAUGCUUGUUAGCUGUGUUUAUCCUUCUUCAGAGAAAACCAGUUCUAAUAGUUUAAAUAGAAUGAAUGGUGUUAUGUUUCCUGGAAAUUCACCAAGCUAUACUGACAGGUCUAAUAUAAAUGGGCCUGGGACGCCCAGGCCACUUAAUCGACCAAAGGUUUCUUUGUCAGUUCCAAUGACAACAAAUGGUUUGCCCGAGAGCCCAGACAGUAAAUAGUCAAACUUACAGCAAAAUGAAGAGAAAAACCACAGUGACUCGCUGGCAACUGAAUCAGAAGUCUCCUCAGUGAGCCCCAUAAAAAAUAAACACCCAGAUGAAGACGCUGUAGAAGCCGAGGGCCACGAAGUAAAAAGACUCAGGUUUGACAAAGAAGGGGAAGUGAGAGAGGCGGCCGGGCAGACAGCUUCCAGUGAGAGUCCUUCAGUUCUGGCAGAAGACACAGAAGCCCUGUCGUCACCUCAGGGUAAAGACAAAGAAAGCCACACUGCCAGGCAGCACUGUGCGGAAGAUGAGGGAGAAGAGGAGGAAGAACAGUCUUUUAUGACAUCAAGAGAAAUGAUCCCAGAGAGAAAAAAUCAAGAAAAAGAAUCUGACGAUGCCUUAACUGUGAAUGAAGAGACUUCUGAGGAAAAUAAUCAAAUGGAGGAUUCCGAUGUGUCUCAAGCGGAGAAAGAUUUACAUUCUGAAGGUAGUGGCAAUACAGGCCCUGUAAGUAAUGGUUCUAACUGCCAUGAAACAGAAGAAUUUCCCAGAGGAGCCAAUGGAGCAGGACUGAUUGUUUAGAAACACAUAGAUGCAGUAUUUUACAUACAGUUCUGGUUUUACACUGUAUAAAACUUUUAUGUGAUAAAGUGGACCUGUAGUUUUACAAGAGAAACAGGCUGUAAAGUACUUUAAAUCCUGAAAGAGUUGUACAUGUAAGAACUGUGAAUAUCAGCUCCUUUGGGUCCUGCUUACCGCUCACUGUUUUUUGGUCUGGUCAAAUCAGUGGUUUGUGUAUAGAUUUCUUUAAUUUAGCAUUAAAGUUUUUAAACUGGAAGGUAAUAAUUAUAAUUUUGAAAACUUUUUUGAGAUUAUCACAUUUAGUUUAUACAUAUGCCAAGAAAGCUUUUUGUCUUGUCUCUUGACAGCUCUAGCAGUUUUCCCGUUUUGGUCAUAGUUUCAAUAUUUUAACGUGAAUUGCAGGGUUUCAUGCUGGUUUCCAGAUUUUAUUGUUUGACUGUGUACAAUGGAACUUUAAGUCACAUAUACAUAUAAAUACAUAUAUAUACAUAUAUAUUAUCCUAAGGGAGGAAAUGUUAUAUUUUUCUGUUUCUGUAAGAGAUGAAUACAGCGGAUACUUUUUCUAUUGGUAAUGAUUGAGUUCAGCUCUUUCAGGAGACAUUUUCUUUCUCUUCUGAGUAAUUCAAAUAAAAUCUGGCCCUUGUGAAACCCUGGAAAUCUUGUCUGUUGAAAUACCAGGUUAAACACAUUCCAAGAGAUGUGAAGUUUUUUGUAUACUUCUAAGGUGCCUGAGAAAAACACAUGGUUAUUUAUGAGAAGAUGUACUUAUCUUGGAAAUUGUGUUCCAACAGUAGCUUACUAUGUUGUAGAACGAAUGCUUCUGAAGCUGACAUGAGACCAUCUCAGAAGAACUAGGCAGGUUCCUUGACUUUUUGCUUGCUUUUCUGAACAUUGUGAAUAUUACGCAUUUCUUUCUAAAUUAUUCUAGAGUAUGCAAAUGUCAAUGGUAUGAAACACCACCGUACUGGAAGAAUAUAUUGCUUUAGUAAUGUACCUGAGCUAAUUGAAGUGUUAGGGGUGCACAGAAACCACCAUAAUUUGUAUGACAUUUUGAAGUGAAUUAAAUUUUUUUUUUUUUAUUUUUUAUUUUUUGACAGGCAGAGUGGACAGUGAGAGAGAGAGACAGAGAGAAAGGUCUUCCUUUGCCGUUGGUUCACCCUCCAAUGGCCGCCGCGGCCGGCGCGCUGCGGCCGGCGCACUGCGCUGAUCCGAUGGCAGGAGCCAGGAGCCAGGUGCUUUUCCUGGUCUCCCUUGGGGUGCAGGGCCCAAGCACCUGGGCCAUCCUCCACUGCACUCCCUGGCCACAGCAGAGGGCUGGCCUAGAAGAGGAGCAACCGGGACAGAAUCCGGCGCCCCGACCGGGACUAGAACCUGGUGUGCCGGCGCCGCUAGGCGGAGGAUUAGCCUAGUGAGCCGCGGCGCCGGCCCUGAAUUAAAUAUUUUUGAACAUGCUUCUUCGACAGCCAGUGUUAUAUUUUUCAAAUCAACACAAAGCACAAUGAUUACUCUAAACUCAAUAUUUUCAAAUUCACAUAUUUAAAGUCAUAUGAGCUGCAACUUCCCUGUCAAAAUUACUGGCUGCCAAAUUUAUAUCUGUUUCCUCAGCUGUACUUUUUGAUAUCAGACUUUUUAAAUUUCUGUAAAGUAGAUUUUGUAGAAUGUAAUGUGUUCACUGCCUUUGUGAAGCGGUAUAUAAUUGUAUAAUUUCUGUGUGUAAACUUGGCUUGGGCUUUCAAUACAGUAUUCAUAUAAAGCAAUAAAUAUUAAUUUUAUGGAAAAAAAAAAAAAAA